AUGGGUGACACAAGUAUAACUAAUGGCUCUGCCAAUACUCCCAAGAAACAAAUUUUGUUGAAUGCUUUCGACAUGUCGACAGUGGGACAUCUAUCUCCUGGUCAAUGGAAGAAUCCCAAAGACAGAUCAGCUACAAAGCGGAAGCUCGACUAUUGGAUCGACCUGGCAAAGCUCCUUGAACGCGGUGGCAUCAAUGCACUGUUCUUAGCAGAUACAACUGGGGCGCAUGAUACUUACCAAGGCCACGCCGAUGAAUGUAUCCGGCGAGCUGCUCAAUGGCCGAUGACGGAUCCCACUAUUCCCAUUUCUGCAAUGGCAGCUGUGACAAAGAAUCUCGCUUUCGGCAUCACAGCAUCGACUUCAUUCGAGCAGCCAUUCUUGCUGGCCAAGCGAUUUUCCACAUUGGAUCACUUGACGAAUGGUCGAAUCGGCUGGAACAUUGUCACAUCAUACAAGAAAGCUGCUUUCAAGGCUAUUGGUCUUGAAAGCCCUAUCGAACAUGAUGAGCGAUAUCGCCAGGCCGACGAAUACUUGAGGGUUCUCUACAAACUUUGGGAGAGCUCCUGGGCACCUGAUGCGCUUUCACCUAACCCGGAGACAGACUCCUAUGUCGACCCGGACAAGGUUCGCCAAAUCAAUCACAAGGGAAAAUACUUCUCGUUGAAUACGCGACACAUCGUCGAUCCAUCUCCGCAGCGAACUCCCUUUCUCUUUCAAGCAGGCACAUCCCCUGCAGGCGCCGUUUUCGCGUCGACCCACGCAGAAGCAAUUUUCGUGUCGUCUCAUUCGCCUGAGAUUCUGCGGCCCAAAAUUGAGAAGAUCCGAAAACAAGCGGCUGAACUGGGUCGUGAUCCGCAGUCGAUUAAAUUCUUCGGCACCUUCACGCCCAUCGUGGGACGAACAGACGAAGAGGCCCAGGAGAAGUAUGAGGAAUUGAAGAAAUACGCCUCUAUAAUUGGAGGGUUGGUUCUUUUCAGUGGCUGGACAGGCAUCGAUAUCUCCAAGAUUCCUCUAGACCAAGAGCUCACGACAGCCGACUCGUUGGAAGCUGGGAAAGUGACUAGUCUCCUUGACUCGUUACUCAAAACGAGUAAGGACGUUCCUCGCUGGACUCCACGUAUAGUCGCAGAAAAGGCUGCGAUCGGUGGCCUUGGACCCGUGGCGAUUGGUAGCCCACAAACUGUCGCAGACGAGAUGGAGCGAUGGAUUCGUGAAGCAGAUCUCGAUGGUUUCAAUAUCGGUUAUGUCACCACGCCAGGUACUUUUGAGGACCUCAUUGAUCUGGUGAUUCCGGAACUAAGGAAGCGUGGUCUGUACCCUGAGGCUGAGGCAGCUGAUGAUGAACCUCUCACUGCCCGAGAGAAAAUAUAUGGCAAAGGACAGAAUGAGCUGCGUGACGAUCACCCAGGUACCAAGUACAAGUACGAUGUGUACCAAGAGGAUCCACCCUAUGUUGAACCGGAAGAAGCUGAGUAG